AUGGCUGAUAAUGUUGAUGGUCUGGUCAUCAUACCACAUAUUGGUGAUCAAUCAUUUUACGUGAAUCGAUUGAUGGCCGAUUUUGCUUCUGAUCUGAUCAUUCGAUUUCGACAUUUAUCAAGUUUACUUUCAUCAAUUUCGACUUUAAACAGUCCACAUCCUUCAAUUCAUGAAACUAUCUUUGAUUUACUUCCACUCAUUCCACCAUUGGCUUCAUCUUUCAAUACUCAUCCUAAUCACAAUCAUCAAACUACUUCAUCAACAUCAUCUUCUCCUUCUCGAACCCAUCAUUUUCAAAAACCAAUUCAAGCAGCUCCAAAGGCACGUCAACCUGUUGCGCAUCUACUCACUGAUGUGGAAAACCCUUUACCAUCUCAAACUGCCACUCCUCCUGCCUCACCACGUCCUCAACAUACUACGCAUUCAUUGAGUCUAAAUGCUCAAACUUCAUAUCCUAGAUCUUUAUCUCCAAGUCUCAACUCUCAAUCUUUACAGAAACCACAUAGAGCAUACAGUGACUCAUUAUCACCAUCUCAAUCUGCUACCAGUCCUCUCAGUAACCCUAGACCUACUUCGCUUGUCAUCGACUCACGUACACGUAAGAAACUCUCGGGUCGAAUCAAGAAGUUUGAUGCAGAUUUAUGUUUAAUGAUUGGUGAACUUGAUGAAGCUGUUAAACUUUAUACUCAAGCGAUUUCGAUUUCACGAACUUCAAAUGAUUUAGUUUGGUUAGCUUCAGCUCUAGAAAGAUUAAGUUUGACCAAAGUGAUGAUUCACAUCCAUGAUCACCAUCAAGUUGAUUCCAGUUCUACAAAUACCAACACAUCUGCCGAUCCUGGGCUUAAUCUUGUCUCAUUGAUUAAUGAAGUGUUUGAUAGCUAUGAGCAGGCUUUAGGCAUAUAUUCAAAACCUAUGAAACUCGAUCCUAACUCAUCAGAUCAUUUACCACCCAUUAUUUAUGUUCAAACCGGUUUACGUUUACUUACCAUACGUGGAACGCUUUGGAAAGCUUAUCAUGAAUCUAAACCGAUCCAUGAAGCUCUUUGGAGUUUAUUUGGAUUUAAGAGCAGUGGAACAUCAACUACAAGAUCCACAGUAGGAAAAGAUGAUCGGAAGAAAAGAGAAGACGGAAAUUUGAUUUCUCUGACUCGAAGUUCGAUUUCUGAGCUUGCUUCUAGAGUUUAUAUUCCUGAAUUGGUCAGCUUAGUACCGAGUGAUCGGAUUCGAAGUUUGACUCAACUGAUCUAUUGGUAUGAUCAGAUUGAUUAUCAAAGGAAAGCAGCAUGGAUGAAACGUGAAUUGAUUGGUGUGAUGCUUCAAAACUUAAAUCAUCAUCAACUUCAUCAACAAGCCAAAAACUUGACUCGAUUGAUGAACGAAAUCUUUAAAGUAUACAAAGUUCAAAUUGACACUGAUCUUACAGAAGGUACUUCAAUAGAAGAAGUAGAAGAAUCAGGUUGGUUAGAUAUCAAAAUAGGUUUAAUCAAAGAUGGAAUUAUCCUUGCAGAAAUGAUUUCAGAUGAAUUUGGUUUAUUAAAACUGAAUCUUAAACUUUCUAAAUUACUUCAAUCUCAAAUUAAAAAUGAUGAAAUUGAUGAAAAUUCGAAUCAAUCAAUUAUGGAAGAUAGUUUAAAAUUAAUGGAUCAAAUUCCUAAACUUUUAAAUCAAGUAAAAAUUGAUGAAUCACAUUCGAUUUGUUCUACAUUUUUUUAUGCUCCACUACAAAAUUCUAUGAAACUUGGAACUUUGAAUUCUAGAUUGUCUAAAAAAAUCGGUACUUUGGUGGUUGGAGAACCUGCGGUUUUUUUGAUCACUUUACAAAAUCCAUUGUUAUUUGAAUUGGAGAUUUCAAAUAUUAGAUUAAGUACGACAGGAGUUCAUGUCUCUUCUCAACGUCAUUCAAUUAGGAUCGGUCCAUCUUCAAUCAAGACGAUCAAAUUAACCUGCUCGCCUCAAGAAGUUGGAAGUUUGUUUGUCAAAGGAACUUGGAUUGAUUUAGGUAGUGCUGUGAAUUUGGUUUCGAGAGAGUUUUUGGUUCCUAUGGUGAUAGGGAAUCAAAAGAAAAAGAAAGAAGAUCAGUAUAUGGAAUGUUUGGUUGUGGAUCGAUUACCGGUCUUGAAAGUGAUUCCAUUGAGUAAAAACCUUGUAGAGAGACACUUGACGAUUUGGGAUGGCGAAAAAGUGAUGAUUGAAUUUGAGAUUGAGAAUGAAUCAAAGGUAAGGAUUGGUUGGAAAGAAGUAGAAGUGAUAGAUGAUAGACAAUUAAGAAUUAAACAAGAACUUAAAAGAUCAUCUUUAUCUAAGAUUUUCUCAACUGAAGAAAUUUAUCAUCUUGAAUUUGAAUUGUUUCAUCGACCUUCAUUAAUCGUUCAAGAUGAAAUCACAAAUGAUCAAGAAGAGAUUCGAAUUCAAGUCAUUGGUAAGAUUGGACUUGGAUCUGCACAAGUUUUAGUUAGGUAUGGUGGACUUGAAGGAGGGAAUUGGAUGAGAGAAUGUAAAGAAGAGAUUCGUGUGACUGUUCUUAAGGUUUUAGAGAUUGUGGAUUUUUUGGUUUGGGAGGAUGAGAUGGAUGUUACAGAAAAAUGUUGGGUUGGGAUUAAGGUUAAGAAUGUGGUGGGGAAUGGGAAAGCUUUAGAAGUUGGAUUUGAUAAUGUAGAUGAUUGUGUAGUAGGAAAACAAAGGGUAGAGGCAGGAUCAACUGUCUUGAUCUUUACUACGAUCAAAAAGAUUACUUUAACUGAAUCUGAAGUUCAAGUCCCGAUUCCAUCUUUGGAUUCUAAUCGACAAUUUAUUGUGGCUAGUUCUACUAAUCAAGAUGAUGAAGAUGAUCAUGAUUUUGAAAAAGAUAGUUUGGCUAGGAAUGAAGCUUUUUGGAUUCGAGAGAAACUUUUAGAAUCGAUUCAAGUUUCAUGGAACGAGAUUGGAGGGAUUAGAAAAGGAGAAUUAGAUCUUAGAAGUAUGAAUCGUAGAUUCGAUCAAGGGAUGGUAAAAGUUUUAAAGUCUAAAGAAAUUGAAAUUUCGGUCUUGAAUCUUGAUUUGAUCAAGUGUAUACAAAUUGAAGAAUUUGUUGAAAUGGUGAUUAGGUUCACUAAUCGAACUCGUUAG